AACAGUCUUAAGAACAUAGAUAAGAUAAACAGGCAGAUAAUAACAAAAAAUAAGAUGGGAAAAGAGUGUCAUACCUUGUUGAGGGGUGGGAGUAGUGAAAGUAAGAAGUACAAUCAUGGUUUCUCUUCUUGUGAGAUGGAAGCCUUAACCUGUAUAUGUGAGGCCAUCUUGCCCCCUCUACCAUUGAAUUCUCUGGAGAUCUCUCAUGGGGAGAAUGAGGAAGAAGCAUGCUCUGAAAAGGCACUUAAAUACUUCCAAGAAGUGUCUGGCUCACAAAAUCAUGUCCCUGAUGAGACAGCAGAGAGGUUAAGGAAAUGGGUAUUCCUUGAGGCAGUUAUCUUGGUGCGGGUGAUAUUGAUACUUUUUUCCACAAGAAUAGGGUCACUACUACUUUGUGGCAAUCUUUGUUUCAAAAGAGAAAGGCCAUUUAUCAGCAGGUUUUCGGAACUGUCUAUUGAGAAUAGAGAGAAAGUCAUACAGGGAUGGAUGAAGCAUUGGUUCUUGACACCCAUCAGGCUUGCAUUUGUGUUGAUCAAAGCAGCUUUCCUUUUUGUCUUCUUGUCCCAGGUGGAUGAAAAUUCAGAAAAUGCAGCAUGGGAAGCCAUUAAGUAUCAGCCAGAUUCGUCUAUGGAGAACUUGUCCAAGGACGAAACAGAUAGACCUCUACAAAGAGGAGUAAUAGAAACAUUUGACACAAACGAGGAGGGGUUAAUCAAAUCUCUAGAACUAAAAGGCCUUCAAGUCACAAAAGAUCCUAGAGAACAACUCUAUAAGAUCGAGUGUGAUGUUGUAAUUGUAGGAUCCGGUAGUGGUGGAGGAGUUGCAGCUGGAGUUCUUGCAAGUUCUGGCCUGAAAGUGGUAGUUCUCGAGAAAGGAAACUAUUUUCACAAGAAUGAUUAUUCUUCACUGGAAGGACCAUCUAUAGAUCAACUAUAUGAACAAGGAGGUAUUUACCCCACUAAUGAUGGAAAGGUGAUGAUCAUAGCAGCAUCAACUGUUGGUGGGGGAUCUGCAAUAAAUUGGUCUGCCUGCAUCAAAACACCAGAUUCAAUACUUCAAGAAUGGGCAGAAAAGAACAAGAUCCCUCUCUUUGGGAGCCCUCAGUAUCUAUCUGCAAUGGAUAAAGUGUGUGAAAGAAUUUGUGUCACGGAUAAAUGCGCCCAAGAAGGCUUUCAAAAUCAAGUCCUCCGAAAAGGGUGUGAGAAUCUUGGACUUAAGGUUGAGUCAGUGCCACAAAACUCAUCCGAGCACCACUACUGCGGUUCAUGUGGUUAUGGCUGCAGAAAAGGAGACAAAAAAGGAACAGAUACAACUUGGCUGGUUGAUGCAGUUGAUAAUGGUGCAGUGAUCAUAACAGGAUGUGAAGCCGAGCGAUUCUUAUUUGAAAACAAUCAACAAGGAAGAACUAAAAGGAAGAAAUGCAUUGGGGUGCUAGGUAGAUUCUCUAUGCACGAAAACAUCACAAAAAGGAUACGAAUCAAUGCAAAGGUAACAAUCUCAUCCUGCGGUUCUCUCUUGACACCACCUCUGUUGAUCUCAAGCGGAUUAAGGAACAAACACAUAGGGAGGAAUCUUCAUCUACAUCCAGUACUAAUGGCAUGGGGAUAUUUUCCAGAGUAUAACUCAAAGAUUAAAGGAAGAGUUUACGAAGGCGGAAUACUCACAUCAAUGCAUAAGGUUAUGUCUGAAGACAACAAAGAGAGAGCAGUUUUAGAAGCUUCAGCAUUAGGUCCAGGACAAUUCGCAGCACUUUCCCCAUGGGAAUCAGGAACUGACAUAAAGAACAGAUUACUCAAAUAUUCAAGAACAGCCCAUUUAAUUACAAUAAUCAGAGAUAAAGGAUCUGGAAACAUAAGAACAAAAGGAAGAGUGAGCUACAAUCUCGACCAACAAGAUAAAGAAAACAUACAAGCCGGUUUAAGACAAGCAUUGAAGAUCUUUGUAGCUGCUGGCGCCACUGAAGUAGGAACACAUAGAAGUGACGGACAGAGAAUCAAAUGCGAAGGAAAGACUGAGAAGGAGAUUGAGGAGUUCAUUGAAAUGGUUAUCGCAAAUCCAGGACCUCAAUCUAUGGUUAAACAAUGGACAAUUUACGGUUCAGCGCAUCAAAUGGGAAGUUGUAGAAUGGGAAUUACGGAAAAGGAAGGCGCUGUUGAUGAGAAUGGAGAGACGUGGGAGGCGGAAGGAUUGUUUGUGUGCGAUGGGAGUGUUCUUCCUAGUGCUGUAGGUGUGAAUCCCAUGAUCACCAUUGAAGCAACUUCAUAUUGUCUUUCUAUGAAGAUAGUGGAUAUCUUGUUGAAGAAGGGAAAUAUGGCGGUUUAGAUUUUGUUUAAAAAGCUGUUAAUUGUAUGAAGAAUAUGUUAUUUUGUUUAUAU